AUGGAAUUGAGUUUGUAUGGUUCGCAGAUAAACCUGGCAACGCGCGAGAAAACCAACACAAACCAAUACCGAGAGCGGCCAGGAUCCGCCCUACAACAUCCAACUCGUCCUUGUUCAGCGACCGGAGCGCACAUCAGACGUCCCCUGUCGGCGGACAGCACACAGUAUCGCUACCGAAAGCGGCCAUCAUCGAGCGGAAGCGCAGUGGACGUACCGCGACCAGGUACGUCACCUUUUCACCAGCGAAGUACAUCAUCGUCCAGCUUGUUGCUGAAAAGUCUUCUAGCUGAGCCAAUCCCUCGCUACUGGGAGUCAAAAUCGUUGCCUCGAUCAACCCAGAUUGCUUCUGCACGUGGAUCUUCCUGCAGCAGUGCGGAACGCAUUCGACAGCAUAAGCGCCAUCAAACAUUGCUAACGGACAGCAGUACACGCCCUGCGUUGAAGACGAAAACCCGAAAACGUUCGGGAAGUGGUAGUACAGCCAAAAGAAGCAAACAGAAAGCCAAUAACGAUCGCCGAAGACGUCGCGAUAGCACCGAAGAGGAAGAUCCUGAUCGUGACGAGGUGGAAAGUACGAUGGACGAAAUGGAAGACACACAGGAGUCUAACAAUGAGGCAGAGCUCGAAGGCAUCUGGAGAGGCAAACCAACGGCGGGAAGUAAUCGCGAGGAGAAGAAACGAUCACCUCCACUGCCGAUGGUUGCGUUGCCUCUAAACAGGAAAGCUGUUGAAAUCAGUUCCUGUGGCGGUUUAAAGAAGAACAAUACAUCGCCGGAAAAGCAAUCGCGAAAGAUUGAUCUUCCUGGACGGGUUUCCUUCAGCUCCAACGAACCGUACGAAAUUGAUUACAGUGAUUUUGAGGAGAAUGAGUACGGCUGCUCGAAGGAAGCUCAAUCCAAGCAAGCCGGCAAAACCAAAGAUCCGUUUCAUAAGAAACCAUCCUUCUCUAGCUCGCUGUACGACGAAAGGAUAUUCCAGGAGAAGUCCCUUUUGGAGGAAGUGUCGGUGAAGUUCGGAAGCGUAAAGUUUGAGGAAGACCUUACGACGAGCUCGGGGUACGAAACUAAAUGUGAUGAAAGUGCAAAAGCUGUUAUGAGAAAGCGGGCAACAACUGUGGGGGCAGCGUCUCCAUCGCCGGUCAGCGAUGUGCGAGAGUCUAACAAAAUCAUAGAGGAGUACAAGAAGGAGAUAGAGGACCUGAACCGACGACACGACAUGGAACUGCGGAUGGCCGUUCGAGAUGCGGAAGAUGUGUCGAUGCCUACAAAACCUUACGAUCCGAAGUGUUUCACACCAUCAGACACGCCGGAAGAUCCGUUUGCCAACUCCGCUUCUACAAAGGCGAUCGAGAGUACGACGGAAGACACGGAUGUGGAGUUGGAUCGUCCAACAUGUCGGUCAACCGGGUUGCUGGAGAAAAACGUUAUCAAUGAGUACUACGAGUGCAUUAACGAGAUCAUAACAGAACAAUCCCCUUCACGGCGGUCGCAGAAUCGACAUAACCUUCCAGCGCUGGGUGGAUGUCCAGACGAAAAGGAAGAUACAAUUCAACACAACUUAAAUAAUGAAUGUACUAAGAGUGCUCCCAAAGAUAAACAGUUUGCAUCCGGUGUGGUAACUUCUGGGAAAAGCAAGUCUUCAAAUACGGACAAAAACCGGCUAGAUGCAAGCAGCAAUCCAGUGAUCAAGAAUUAUUUUAAAGUUAAGGAACAGAAUAUUGUGAGUGCGAGUGCGAGUAGUUUGGCGAGUGGCAGUGGAAGCAGCACUACCGGCAGCAAGUCGGGCCACUCGAAAAACUCACUCGCAUCCAAGAAAAAUGGCAAAGACAAGCCAAAGUCGGCCGAUACACAUAAAUCAAUUUUGCGCAACUCGAAAAAACAAAAUAACAACGUUGGAACCACAGGUGGGAUCGGUUCGAAUGGUAGUGGUGGAUCGGGGAAGUUUUCGUCGGCCUUGUGUCGAGAGGAUAGCAACAUAUCCGAGUUUCACAUGGAUAAGGUUGUCAGUUGGAUGUCGUGCAAUGAGGAUACGUUUCCGACGAUACCGGAUGUUCCUGCGCUGGACGAUGUGAGCAAUGACGGACAACAACGCAAAUGUCUUACGGCUGAGGAUAAUUGUACAAUACCUAGACAAGAGUCGGUUGAGAGAUCUCCGAGCUAUGGCGUCAACUUCGAUAGUGUACCCAGACAGAGGACCGAACCGCCGGAGGAGAUAGUUAGUAGUGUACAGUCUAACUACGACGAUGAGUCUGUCGUGAGUGCAAGUGCCAAACAAAAGUCGGAUUUUCAAGCACUCAAGACCGAAGUCGAGUACAGGUUGAGCAACAUAUUGGACUGUACUGAUUCGCAGGUCAGCUCCGGUUGUGAAGGUGAACCAUCCGAGCAGCCAGCCAAGGGCAAGGUAAAAGAUCUCUUCUCGUACCUCGAUCAGGUUGAGCUAAAGUGUGAGAAGGGUGCAUUUAAAGGAGCCACAGGUUCUGCGGCAGCAGUCUUGCCUUCAGAAUCCGAUCGCUCCGAGUUAGAUUUUGCUGCCGAACCAGACUACAUUGAAGCUGUGCCGAAAAUGAACGAUCUGUUGGAACUUCCAACACAUCAGCUAGCCCGACGAGUUAUCAAACUAUCACUUCGCGCCAACGAAUUAAACAACGCCAUGCAACUGUCUAAAAAUCACAUCGCCACAGUGAGAGCGGACAAAGCGAAAGCAAUCCGAACGGAAAAAUGUGCCCUGCAGGGUAAGCUAAAGGAGCAGAAGAAACACUACGAAGACAUUAUCGGAAGGCAUCAGGAAUUUAUUGAUCAAUUGAUAAAAGAUAAAUCGGGCCUUUGUGAUAAGGUGACGCAGUUAACGCGCCGCCUGGACUCUCAAAAUCAAAGCUGGGAGCACCGGUUAAAGACGGAACUGGAACGUGCCCGUGAUACGGCACUAGCAGCCGAAAAGAUUCGCCGAGAAAAGUGGGUGCGAGAAAACACGAAGAAAAUCAAGGAACUUACAGUGAAGGGGCUGGAGCUUGAGAUCAACAAAAUGACCGCCACCCAUCAAAAGGAGAUUGGUGAGUUAAAACGGCAGCACAAGGAUGAGCUGAUGUGUGCCCUCGAGGAGCUUAAGCUACAGUACGAACAGAAGGAAGCAGACGUACGGCAGGGUUUGGUGAAAGAGCGAGAGACUACGAUCGAGCGCGAACGUCAAGCAUUGCUUGAACGAUUUGAUCGGCAGGUAACCGAGGAACGGAACAUUUUCGAGCAACAGCGCCAGCACCUGUUGAGUGAAUUUGAUCUCGAAAAGGAACGGCUCCAGAAGGAAGCGACGCGUAAGGCACAGUACGCCGAAUCGCAGCUGGAAGAUCUUAAGCGCGAGAAUGCGAAAAAUCUUGACUUUGCACAGAAAGAGUACGUGCAGAUGUUGAAGCAGCGGGAAGCAAAGCAUCAGGACGAGCUGGAAAAGCUGCAGAAACAGUUCGAGUCGGACUUUGCCAUCUGGAAGCGGGAGCACGAGCGCAAAUCGAAGGUGGAGCUGGAGCAGCGCGAAAAUGAGAUCCGUGCCCAGUGUCGGACGGAGCGUGAUCAGCAGAUCGAUCGUAUCGUGGCGAAGGUGGAUGCUGAAACGCAAAAGUAUCAGCAAGAAUUCGAUGCCAAAAUGAGUCGCCUAAAGGAGAAACAUGAAGCAGAGCAGAAGGAAGCGGAAGCAUCGGAAGCGUUGAUGAAACAAAAGUAUCAAGAUGCGCGUGUUAAGUUGGCCGAGGCUGAGGCAUCGAUACAGAACAUGAAGGCGACGGCUAAGCAGACCGAAAUACAGCUUAACCAUGCGAAAAAGCUUUGCGACGAUUUGUUGCAGGAAAAGGAAAUGAUGCGCGAUGAAGCUCGCCGGGAGGUGCAGAAAGAUAUGACCAACAUGCAACGGGAGCGAGAGCGUGAAAUUGAACGAAUUUAUUUCAGGGUGCAACAAGCCAUCGAAAAGAAAGAUGCAUCCAUAGCGACACUUCAGAAGGAAAUUACCGGACUAAAGGAACGGUGCUUGAAACAGGACGCUAUCAUCCGUCAGCAGCGUAUGGAUUAUUGUACAAAAUAG